AUGACGCAGCAAACACGAACACGUCCCCAAAUGCCACUGUUUAAACCAUCCCCAACUAACUACCAGGUUUCAGCUCCCAAACGUGGGAAGUGUGGAGGGAGACAUCUUACCAAGGACUGUUUAAAGGGAUCAGGGGUAUGCUUCAACUGUGGCAAAGAAGGACAUCACAGAGCUAACUGUCCCUACCCAACAAAACCAACUGUGCAGCCUGCACAGUGCACUCAAGUGAUCAAUCAACCGGUUAGGAGAGGAGGUGGUGGACAGGUGAACACAGCAGGGAGAGGAGCAGGACGUGGCGGACCAAGUGGGGGAACAGCCAAGCUGAAUUAUGUGAAUGCAGAGCAACUAGGAGCUGCUACAGAUAUUAUUACGGGUAACUUACUCAUUCCACCUGCUGUUGGUACAAUCCUUUUUGAUUCAGGUGCUACAACUCCUUUAUCUCUCGAGACUUUGUGA